UUCUCCAUUUAUUAUACUUUUGUUUUCUUCUACUACUUUCAUUUUUAUCUCCUCAUCAUUCUUCUCCUUUUCGUUCCUCUAUAUAAGAGAUCCUUUAGGCCUCUUCAAAUUCCCAUCUUGUGUUGAAUUCUAAACAAAAUGAAGAGAGUUUUAUUGCUUGCCUUUUUACUUGCUUUGCUUACUGGGGUGAUUGAGAGUUUCGAUUUCCACGAGAAGGACUUGGUGUCAGACGAAAGCCUGUGGGAUCUGUAUGAGAGAUGGAGAAGCCAUCACACAGUGUCCAGGAGUCUUGAAGAGAAGCACAAGCGGUUCAAUGUGUUCAAGGAAAAUGUUAUGCAUGUCCAUCACACCAACAACAAGGAUAAACCUUAUAAGCUGAAAUUGAACAAGUUUGCAGACAUGACCAACCAUGAAUUCAGAAGCACUUAUGCUGGCUCAAAGGUUAAGCAUCACAGGAUGUUCCGAGGGCCACAGCAUGGUAAUGGAAGCUUCAUGUAUGAGAAUGUUAAAAGUGUCCCUGCUUCAGUUGAUUGGAGAAAGAAAGGAGCUGUCACUCCAGUGAAGGAUCAAGGCCAAUGUGGAAGUUGCUGGGCAUUCUCAACCAUUGUAGCUGUGGAAGGUAUUAAUUAUAUCAAGACGAACAAGCUGGUAUCGUUGUCUGAGCAGGAAUUGGUUGAUUGUGACACUUCAGAAAAUGAAGGAUGCAAUGGAGGUUUAAUGGAAUAUGCAUUUGAAUUCAUCAAACAAAAGGGAGGAAUAACAACCGAAGUUAAUUACCCUUAUAAAGCAGAAGAUGGAACUUGUGAUGUUAAAAAGGAAAACUCUCCUGCAGUGUCAAUUGAUGGGCAUGAGAAUGUGCCUGCUAACAAUCAGGAUGCCUUGCUAAAAGCAGUCGCCAAUCAACCUGUAUCAGUGGCCAUCGAUGCAGGAGGUUCUGAUUUCCAAUUCUACUCAGAGGGAGUAUUUACAGGUAGCUGUGGCACAGAGCUAGAUCAUGGAGUUGCAGUGGUGGGUUAUGGAACAACACUGGAUGGAACCAAGUACUGGAUAGUAAAGAACUCCUGGGGACCAGAAUGGGGUGAGAAGGGUUACAUAAGGAUGGAAAGAGGAAUCUCCGACAAAGAGGGAAUCUGUGGAAUUGCUAUGGAGGCUUCAUAUCCCAUCAAGAACUCUUCAAAUAACCCUGGAAAGACUACAUCCUCCACCCCUAAAGAUGAACUCUAAACAAGCUUCACUAUUGACUCACAGCCCUGCAGAAGUUGCUUCUGUCAUAAGAAUUACAUGAACCCAAAAUAAUACUUUGUUUCACAGAUUUGAUUCCUAAUGUAAUAAUCAGCUUCUAUUUCUUCGGCUAUAUGAAGGUGGAAAUAAAUUCAUUCAA